GUCUGUCCUAUCAUGCACCAAAAAAACAGAAAGAGGGAUUUAAAUUAGCGAAGUUACCUACAUGGCCCGUCUUAAAUCAUUGACAACACAUCCUGUCGGUGAACUCGACCUUGUUCAACGAGGCAUACAAGCAUUAUGCACACAGAAUAAACUGAGUGCAUUGGAUACCUAACAAGGGGAAACACUAACUGCUACUGACGUGGUAGCCUGGACAUCCACCGACAACCCUCCAGGAAACGUGAGUCAAGCAUGGAGAAAGGUUCUGUGACUCGGAUGUCGGACCGGAACCUGGUACCUGCGUGGAAAAUGUGAUUGUGGCUGUCCCUUGGUUUUCCCCCCCACUUUGGCUUUGGUUGUUGUGGAACUGAGAUUAUUAGGUAGUGAGUCUGAGUGUCAUAGUUUUCCUUUCCCUUUUCUCCUUUGUUUGAAAUUCCCUUAAUCGUUCGGGCCGAUGGAUGAUCAAGUAUGGGCGCAGGCACUUUGACUCGAGCUCGUUUCUAUGUCUCCGCUCAUCGUCGUAUGUAAACUCCGGACUAUGAUCGGUGGGAAAAGUGGAGCGGAUCGGACUUCUCCAGCCUUCGGUGUCCAGUCCCCGCACUUGCGGUGGCGGUGAUCAUUUUGAUUUGAAUUUGAUCAUGCAGGCCGAAUCGAAUCCUGGUUCUUGAGGAGAUUGGGCUGGUCAUCCGUCACACCGCAGGAGCAGUCUAGAGGGUCGACAUACUUCUUGGGAGGAGGAUUUCCGUCUCACAUGAUGGUGUCACAAAGAGUGGUCAUACCGAGGGAAUUUGAGUUGACGUAUCGUGGGUCGAGAAGAGAGAGACGAAAGGAAAAAAGAAAGAAAGAGAUGAAGAGGGGGAGAGGGGGAGAGGAUACCUGAAGUGCCUGGGAUGUGCCUGAGGAAGCGUUCUGAGCCACCUGCCCGAUUCGGCAGGUGCUCGUGGCUUCGCCUUUUCUUCUCACUGGAUUCUCCUGUUUGCUCCCUUCAUCCUAUGCAACAAUUUACAAAUCAUCGCUUUGAAGUCGUUCGCUUGUCCCGGUUUUAUUCCUUGUCGCUCAUUUCAUCCAAUCGUCGCUCGUUGCUGUUAUUCCUAAUAACCGAGGUAGUCAUCCGUGACUACGCAGUAUGGACUAAGACUCCUUGGCUCCUUACCCCAUAUCUUAGGCAUGUCUAUUAAGCUCCAAUAGUCGACUGAGGUGGAUCAAGACGCAAGGCCCAAGUACCACUCACACUACGCCCAGAGUCCCGCCCUGUUGAUCGGAUCAUCCUUGGCGCCUGGACUAUGUCUAUCACGCUGCCGUGCUAGAUGCCCUUCAUGCUCUACCUUCCCUUGCACGUCUCCUGGUCGAAUUCCUCCCUGACCCCUGGAAUGCGCACUCGACCAACUAUAUAAGCGCUCGUGGCAUUCCGAUAAACAUUCCGAACCCCAUUCCAGGUGUUUGACAUCGUCAGUUCCUGGGCUUUAUUUGUUUUCGUGAAGUGAAGAAAAAACAAACACUUGCCAAUUAUAUAAAGUUUCAACUUUGAGAAAACAAUGAUCCCUGCUUGAGCGUCAACCCUCCAACUCAACAUGAUCUUCCCGCUUCUUUGCAUCUCGGCCGCAUUCCUUGCUUCAGGGACAAAGGCAGUGUCAACUUUCACUCCUGCUAGACCUCCAGCUCUGCCGCUGGCCGUGAAGUCUCCGUACUUGAGCACCUGGCUGCCGGCAGGGAGAGACGGUGGAAAUGGAGGAUACCUGGCGGGAGAAUGGCCGACUUUUUGGGAAGGCCAGAUCACUGGCUGGGCCGGUAUGAUCCGCGUCGAUGGUAAUGUUUACACGUGGAUGGGAGGGAUACCGGGAUCGACCUUGGUCAACCAGACUGCAUAUGAAUACACGUCGACAAAAAGCAUUUUCACCUUGCAUGUCGAUGACUUGGUCCAAAUGAAUGUUACAUUCUUAUCCCCAAUCACACCGGACGACUUGCGCAGACAAUCGCUCAUAUUCUCCUAUCUCGAUGUUGACAUCGCUUCGCUGGAUGGCAAGGCUCAUGACGUGCAAUUGUACGCGGAUAUUUCUGCAGAAUGGGUGUCAGGAGACCGCAACGCUAGAGUGGAGUGGGACUAUGGUGUCACCAAGAACGGUGUUUCUUAUCAUAAGAUCAAUCGCCAAACACAGUUGCUCUUCUCUGAGGUGAGGGAUCAGGCCGAGUGGGGUGACUGGUACUGGGCCACAGACAGUGGAGAUGGCCUUACAUACCAGUCUGGAGCCGAUACUGUUGUUCGGGGCGCAUUCACCAGAAAUGGGAAGCUCGGAAACUCGAAGGAUGGCAACUACCGUGCUAUUUCAAAUGAUUGGCCGGUAUUUGGCUUUGCACGCGAUUUCGGUUCAGUGAAGUCGGGAGGUGCACUUUUUACCAUUGGUCUGGCACAAAAAGAAGCGAUCCAGUAUAGCGGUAGCUCGGAUGGAACUAUUGCCGAGCCUUCGCUGUGGACAAGUUACUUUGAUGACGGUCAAGCUGCGCUUGAAUUCUUCCACCAUGACUUUGCGGAGUCGACUUCUCUCUCAUCCGACUUGGAUAAACGGAUUGCGACAGAUUCUUUGGCUGCAGCCGGUCAGGACUACCUGACCAUCACGUCUCUCAGUGCCCGCCAGGCAUUUGCUGCGACACAGCUAUGCGGAACGCCAGAGAAUACGUACAUGUUUAUGAAGGAGGUAUCUUCGAAUGGCAAUAUGAACACCGUCGACGUCAUCUUCCCUGCUCACCCUGUCUUUCUAUACACCAACCCGCAACUUCUGAGACUGUUGUUGAAACCGCUUUACGAGAUCCAAGAACGUGGAAAAUAUCCUAACAGAUAUGCGAUGCAUGAUAUUGGAAGUCAUUAUCCUAAUGCAACAGGCCACCCCGAUGGUAAUGACGAGCCAAUGCCUCUGGAAGAAUGUGGCAACAUGGUGAUCAUGGCUCUGGCAUAUGCCCUCAAGGCAAAGGACACGAAUUACCUGAACCUUCAUUACAAUUUCCUGAAGCAGUGGACAACCUACUUGGUGGAAGAUGCUCUCUAUCCGGCAAACCAGAUUUCUACUGACGACUUUGCUGGUCCUUUGGCAAACCAGACCAACUUGGCCUUGAAAGGAAUUAUUGGUAUCCAAGCUAUGUCUGUUAUUGGAAACUUGACCAACGAUCCUGAAGCCGCUACCAAUAACUCACGGAUUGCUCAUGACUACAUCAACCGGUGGCAGACCUUGGGAAUUGCCCACGAUGCAAACCCACCACACACUACUUUGUCGUACGGAUCUAAUCAAUCCCAUGGGCUUUUAUACAACCUCUAUGCCGACCGAGAGUUGAAGCUGAAUUUGGUUCCACAAUCUGUGUAUGACAUGCAAAGCACGUUCUAUGCCACUGUCCAGAACACAUACGGAGUACCGCUUGACACACGGCACGAAUAUACCAAGGGUGACUGGGAACUAUUUACCGCAGCCAUCGCCUCGACAGACACGAGAGACAUGUUCAUUCGGCGACUUGCGAAGUGGAUCAACGAGACUCCUACAAACCGUGCUCUUACCGAUUUAUAUGAUACAAACACUGGAGAUUACCCACAAAUCACGUUCAUUGCCCGUCCUGUCAUGGGCGGUGCCUUUUCAUUGAUCCUUCUUGACCAGGGCCUAUGA